CGUCAUUUCCGUUCGAACGACAGACUCCUACUUGUCGCGAGCUGUAAGAAUCCAUCUUGUCAUGCGGAUAAUUCCGAAGUCGUGAUGCAUCCUUCAAUUCUAAGUCAUGGUGCCCUACCAGAAAUAAUCAGAUGCAGCACAUGCUGCCGCCUGUAUCAUUGCCCGCUUUGUCCUAACUUUAGGCCAGCGAAGCUGAACAGACUAAAGAUCCACCUGGAUGUGCAUAUAAAAAAUGCAGUGUUUUUCCAAAACUUAAGAAUUUGCAGAUGCACGCUACCUUGUAGAAAGGAUGGUCAUUUCCACUGCCCUAGGUGCAGUGAGACAGUGAUUAAAAGAAACACUUUUGUGGAGCACCUGGAAAAGUGCAGCGGUGUGACCAAAAAGACUGAGUCCUCAUGCUUACUUCAGACAGCCUUACCUCCCAUUCCAUUGCUUCAACAAGCAAAAUCUUCCUCUCCACAGCCUGAAGGGGAUCAAUGUUUCCCUCAACUAAAGAAAGAAGUAGAACCUUCCCAUCUGCCCUCAUUCAGAAAACCAGUAAAGGUGAAAUGUCCACACUGUUCACUGCUGUUACAUAAAAAGAAUCUACAUACUCACAUUACUAGGAAGCAUUUAUGCACACCAAGAGAUGUGAAUAGGCAGUCACAUUUUGCCAGUGUUUGUGUUGAUACAAAAAAUGGUAUUGCUGCAGUUCAAAAGUCAGGACAUGGAUUUUCAACACCUAUUCAUGUUAAAAAAAAAUUAAGGCCAACAAACAUGAGGUAAUGUGUGAACUGGAGGAAUGCUGGCAAUAUCAGCUAUUAGUACGCAGGAGUCGUCUUGUGUUCAGUGAGUGCCACCACAUACGUUCACUGGAAUACUGCACAGAAGUAGCGGAGGAAGAGAUUCUACAUGCAAGAGUUUUGGAUGAAAUGGUUGCAUGCAAGUUCUUUGCAGCAGCAAAGAAGGCAGUGUGCUUGAAGAGACAAAGGUUAGCAUUGAAAGCUGGAGCACCUUUUUCUGUCCUUGUUGAUCUUGGUGGGUCAAAGUCUUAUAUUUGUUUAUCCAUCCAUGACUCCACAACAUAUUUCAGUCGCCUUGGAAGAAUGAUGGUUACGUUCAGUAUGAAGAACAACACGUGGCAUUGUCCAUGUGCUAAGCCACAUAUGUCAUGUCCUCAUAAGAACAUUGCAAAGUGGCACAUCUUUCAAAUUAACAGGAACUUGUUCAGAACUCAGUUGGAUUCAAAGCCUGACACAGCUUCACAGUCCAAACAGGAACAGGCAACAGAGGACUUGAAGAGGGCAGUGAAAUACAUUUAUGAAAGAAAAAAAAUUCCAGCAAGUCUUCCAGAGGACACAACUGCAAAACCACCAUCAGACUACCCAUCAGAUUUAAUUCCAGCGGAGACUUCAUGUGUCCUUUGCUCAAGCAGUCCAAAGUUUGACAUGCCAGUGAAUAUUACAAAUAUGGCCAAAAUAGUAACAACCCUUGGAAUUGCUGAAAAUAUUUCAACCUACUUUAAGAGAUGUCCUGAGUGUCAGAUGACUUACCGUUAUCAGGAGUGGCAAGAUGGACUUCAUAACUUUGAUGAUCAUCUUGUGUUGAGCCUUGAACUAUGUCUUUAUUUAAGACACAGUCUUCAGAACCACAUUUCUGUUUCAAGGGCUAUCGAUACUCUGCAAAAUUUGCGGAAAAAACAGUUUCCACCGACAGACAGGAUUUUGCAUGCCUACUGCCACUUUGAGGCACUAACCAGCACAGAUUGCACAUAUGCUUGUGUUCUGUGUAGCUACUGGCCUUCUGUUGUGGUGAUGGACCUGCAUAAAAAGGCUGUUUUUAAUUUGGCUGUCAGUGAUCUCAAAGAUCCACCUGUCAGCUAUACUGGUGAGCAAAGCAUUGUGGAUUUCUGGGAUGCUAUCAAUUUAGAGAUGAUUUCUUCUGGCUUUGUUCCCAGUCAGGCACAGAACCCUUGUGCUGUUAAACCAAAUUAUGAAUUCUGGGCACCUUGGAUAGGGCCAAUGACCAGGAAAAGUGACAAAGUACUCAACACAGAACAUGAGAAAAUGUCAGGUGUCAAGUCAUCUACUGAAGUGGCACUUACACUUGUAUCUGAAGAUCGGCUGGUUGAUGAAUUGAUGAAACAAAAAGUGAGCACUGUCCGAAAAUUGUGCAAGGCCUGUAACGUUUGUUUCAAAGGGUCCCAUACUGACCUUGUUAUCAGACUAAGGGAGGAGAUGAAAACGAGACAGACAUAUGACAAAGUAUUUCAGAAGAUCUGGGGCGCUUCUGGUGGAUGGUCAGUCAUUGUGUGUCCACAUGGAAUUGUGUACAGCUUAAAAUUCAACCUUAGAGCAGAGAGUCCAAGGGACUUUGCAGAUUUGCUUCUUUCCUGGAAGCACUUUCCAAAUGUGUGUGUAUAUGAUUUUGCCCGUGGGCUAGCUACACAUACUAACUUGAGGUUACCAGCCAUCUUGCCUUUUCAUCCAUUUGAAGGAAGAGUGGCACAGCCUACUGUGGAGAACAUUCAGUCAGCUGAGAUGAAAAAACUUCAGGCUUGUCUAUACAUUGCUGUUGAUGCCCCUUUUGACUACACAGUUUCUGAAGAGGAGUCCAUGACAACCCAGGAGGAAACUUUAUCUCUCCCACACUCUGAAGAGCCAAAAGUAAUGACAGACCUGAAAACUGCAAGAAAAUGGUACCAAGAUCACCAUGAACUCUUUGAGUCUCCUGUGGUCCUUCCCAGAAUCCUCAGAAUGGAGGAUGGUGAUGUGAUUAGAUCACUGGAGAAACUUAAAAAUACUGAAUAUUACACUGAAGAAGAGAGAGAUACCAUCGUGUAUCCCUUUUUAUUUCAGUUUUCAAAUGUUCAAGACAUGCAUUUGUUUUUAGAAAACACAGCCGACAAGGGCUUAAUCGUGUUUUGUUGUUUAGUGUAGUAGGUUCACUGUACAGUACAUUGUUAUUGUCACAACCGAUCGUUCAGACCUCAUGUGGACCACGCCCACCUCAUUUACCUCAUCUGAAUCCCGCUUGUUACCAGCUUUCCUGUUUGAUCUUGUUUGUCUUGUGUAUUUGUUUGUUUUCUAGUUCAUUCCCCAGAUCUGUCAUUGUUGCUACGUGCCUUGUUCCCUGUUAUUCCCUUUUUACCCUGAUUAAACCCUGUUUAUUGGCA